ACACGAGUCGCGGGUGGAGCAAGAACACAUCCGGGUAUUUCAACCAACAGCACCGCGACAACAUAAGCAAUGUUUGGGUUUUUGGAGAAAAGCAGACCUUUUAAAAUCAGGAGUAUUGACGACAACAAAAAGUACGGCGUUGCGGCCAAAGACGUCAACGAGUUGCUUAAAAAAGGUUGCAAGUUAUUAGAGUUGCCACUUUCAGGUGCGCAUGUUUGUUUGUAUGCAGACGGGACAAAAGUGACAGAAGAAUACUUUGCAACUUUGCCUGACAACACAGAACUUGUUCUCUGCACGGAGCAGACAUGGGGUGGAUCUGUGUGCGACAUUGCUCAUUUACUGAGAUCAGACCAACACUCCAUCGGCCUUAUUGAAGCGGCGAAGAGCCUCCUAGGUGAUGAGAAGUCUGCCAAGAGACGGAAAAUCCUCUGUGACCUUCUUCACAACCUUGAGGACAGAUCUGAGCUGGAGAGCAGAGACGAGGAUGAAGAAUGGUUUACAGGUGUCGAUGCUCGAUUCAAGACCAAGUCCACCUACAUGAUGUACAACUGUGAAAGCAGAAUAAGAAGUUACAUGAAAGACCUAGAUGAAGCCACAAGAGCCGUGCAGAAAGUUAAAGUUCGGGAAGCGUGCAUACAAGCCUCAAAGAGCCUCUCAGAGAUGCUCAAGUCGGAUAAAUACAACGGCUGCUACUUUGACCGCUCUCAAAAGGAUAAGGAUCGACUCUGUACAAGAGAAGGAUGGUUUACCUGCCAGGGCUCCUUUGAUCAGUCGAAGUGUGCGUCGCUGCAUUCCAUCAAUCCCUACGGAAGCAGAGAGAGCCGCAUUAUGUUCAGUACUUGGAAUCUGGACCACAGGAUUGAAAAGAAGAGAACCAUCAUUCCUGCCCUCGUAGAGGCACUCCAGAAUCACAAAAGCCAGGAUAUCAAUUUGACUUACUUCUACCGGCUGCUGUUCACCCGGGAUAACCUCAAGCUGGUCCACAUUGUCUGCCACAAGAAGGGAGCCCACAACCUGCUGUGUGACCCUAAGAAGGUUUUUAAAACAAACAGAAAGCGUCGAAGCAAGAAGAUACGUUUGAAAUGAUUGUUUACAACUUUUUUGUUAUUAUUUGAUGACUGACUUUUUUUUAUUUUUUACCUGAUUUUACUUCCCGAACUGCUGAACUUGAAAUAAAUCAUGAAAGACAUUUAUUUGCUCUUAGUCUUGGCACAGCGAUGGUUACACUGAAAUGGAAUGCUGAAUUCACGAGAAUAAGUCUCCUCUGAAAAUUGCAUAGUAUACAUAUGAAAACCAUUCAUCAUGAAUAAGGCAUGGAUUCAAACACAGCAUACAUGUAUAUAAAAGCUAUAUGGUCAGAUCAAUCUGCUCUAGAAAAAUUACAAGCAAUAUUUUAGUGCAAUGGCUAUACACCAAGUUAUGUUUUAUAUAUUAAAGAAAAAAAUGCAUGGAUAUAUUUGCAAACACCAUCUGAGUAGAAUGAGCUGCACU